CUACUUUUCUUUCUGGCCUUUUUAUGUUCAAUCUUGCUUCCAUUCGUAUCAUUGGUUGACGCAUGGGAGCCCCUGAGUUUCCUUUCUUUUUAUUGGCAUGCUUUUUUUGUGUUUGUUGUCUAUCACGUUUUUUUGUAGGAUCAAUCUAACAUUUUUUUAGGAGUACAAAUUGAAGCACUUUUCUCUUCCUAACAUGCCUAAGGAAGGGAACAAUAUUCAGCCAAUUCUCCAAGGGAAGCCAAGGUUUCUUGCUUGGGGGAGAAGAUGGGGACCGCGGGGGGUGGGGGUGGGUUAUGAGAUGGAAGCUAUAAGGUCCCGGCUGCAAGAGGAAGCACGUGUGGGGGAGGUUGGAUGCGCGAAUCAGCGAAAAUUGGGGUGGACCACCCAUGUUCCUUUCUUGCGAGGGCGGACAGAAACAUUCCUAUUCUGGGCGGUUGCCAGGGAUUGCUAGGGAU